CAUAAUUUGUAUAUAUUAUGGCUACCUUUUAAUUGUUCUCUUUUUAUAUUUAUUUUAACAGCGCUUGUUGCAUGUUGUAGCUGUGCUCGCUUCGCUAACGCCACGCCGCACCACCUGUACAGCGCAGUACGGGUACCUGAAUCCUACUACAAACAAGGGGCUGACGACGCGCUAAACAAACCAACUACAAACCAUGUAAUACGACCAGCGUACAUCGCAGCAGCCCAGCUAUACUGCACCCAAAUAUACUUCAUCACCGCUUCAGAUAUCUUCCACGUCUUCGUCAAGCCCGGGAUACAUGAUAUCCUGCACAAUGACUGCCCGCACAUGAUUAUAGAGCACAAAGCAGUAUGUCACUACCAUGACAAUGCUCAUGCCCGUUGUAAACCACAUCACCGGGACGCUGCCAAACUCCUUGGCAAUGGAUAUUGUUGCGAGUGUAAAUCCAACAUUGGGAAACACUGUAGCCCACCACCCGAGAUGAAAAUGUUUUGGAGGCGACAUCACAACAGCAACUAAGGCGAUACCAAACCACCACGCACUCAACGCCCACAGAAAGACGGCCGACAUGACGGCGACGUUGCCCAGCACUUCUGCAUUCAAGUGAAGACCCUCGUGUAGCUCAUCAAAAUCCGAAGGUAGGGCUUUCGCCAUGCCGAUAAAGGCAAUGGCCGUAAACGCAGGCGGUCCCACGCACAUGAAGAGGCCAGGCCGGUGUUCCCUGUUGGGCAAUCCAUUCUGCAUCAGUCGACCAAUCAUGUGUGCAUACAUGAAGACUGCAACAGAUAAUCCUAGACCCUGACAAGUGAGACCGGCCGUCGUAAUCGAAAGUGCAGAGUCCUCCGAUUGCGAACGUGAUAUGACAGACGCAAUGGUGCCUGAGAGCAUAAUGGGGAAAAUGGGCAAGAUCCAUGUCGGCAUCAUAGUAUGCAGGGCAAACGAAUGGCUUGCAAAUAAGAAGCUGUAUUGGCCAACAGCGAGGAUCAACGUAAUGACAACGUAUAUCCAAAACAAAAUUUGCAUGGCCUGUUUACCCGUUUCACUGGUAAAAGGGAUUAUGUAGACUUCGGUGUUGGUUAACAAGGUGGCAAUGGAUAGAAAUGCAGUAGGGACAAAGAGACCCUCGCGAGGGUGAGUGAUGCUUUUUCGGAAGGAGUUUGGAUGUAAGGUAAACCGGAGGGUCAUGACGGCUGUGAUGCAUAGGAAGAUGACAAUGUUGAUAAUGAAGAUGGAGCGCCCAAUGGUGUUCAAUUGUGGGAAGGUAAACGGCUGAUUGUGAAGGAGAAGCGAAAUGCCACCCGUGCUCAUGGGCAGCGUAUACCAAGCCCAAGUGAAAUGGGCCAGUCGUGUGCGGAUAGACAGUUUCCGUUUGUCCUUGCUGUAUAGCUUCUCCAUCUCGGCGUGCUUGUCCAUUAUGGACUCGCCAUUGUCGCGGUCGUUCAAGACAUUAGCAGCAAACAGCUCAUGAUGAUAUUGAUCAUGGCUGCCGGUGAGUUUGGGCAUAUAACGAGACGCCAGCGACCCGGUAGAGUUUCGUCUUGUUGUUUGGCCCGACUCGAUUGUCGAUGAGAAGAAAGACGACUCCAUUGUAGAUGAGUGUUUUGUAAUACAGAGAAUCUGUUACCACUCGUCUGAAUAUAAAGUUGUAUUGAACAAUGAGAAAGGGGAAGAAAGCGUUUACAGACAAUGGACGGGUUCUUAUCAUACACUAGACAGAAAGUCGCCCCCCAUGUAUACAAUGGAAUGAUGAUAUUCAUUCGCUCCAUAUCUCGUUUUUUGCUUUGACCAGCGUGGACCAUGCUCUACUUUAUCCGCUGCCCUGUUUCCAUUGUAAACCGCAGGGGCAAGCGGCGACAAGCACUCGGCAUCAAACAGGGAGCGAGCAGCGCUUCGGUCAGCGAGUUGAGACUUGCCGGGAUCCAAUCAAACCUUGUAAAUAAGCAUACACGCACGGCACCUGGGGGCAGCAGUUGCAACAAGAGACAUGGGACACCUGCCAAGAAGGUUACGAUCGAGGUGGACCGCCAAUUGCGGCGAUGCAGAAGCCCUGCCCGUACGAUUUGACAGGCGCCAUUUUGAUUCGGCGAGGGUACGUCGCAGAUAACAAAGUAUUACAACGGGGGUUACAGAAACCUGGCACUUUUGGGGGCUUGUUUGUUAUCGCCGGGCAACAGCCACAGCCGCAGCAGAGCCUCAGAGUUUCUGCCAAGAAUUUAGGAGAUGGUUUGUGCGUUCUGGCAAACAGGAGAGUCCGAGUCGCGCCAUUCUAUCCCACUCUGGUAUACUUUUUGGUAGUUUCUUGGCCAUCGGAGAUGGCUUUCAUUUUGGGGCGAACGAAAAGAAGGAGUCGUGUACUUGCCGAGAUAUAGUCGAACAAACUCUAAAGGUGCCAAUGUCUGUAGAUGUGGAAAUACCAGUGGUUUGGUGGCGAAGAGGUGCGGCGCUGAUCGAUUGACCAUGGCGCCAUUGGCGAGAUCGGCACUCCCGGCAAUAGUAGCCCGGGCAUGAACUAGCUGCGGCAGCACACUAGUUGCAUGUAUAUAUAAACGUCCACUUACACGGAUGAAUGCACAGAGUAGGGCAUGAAAUAGGGACUCGUCAGCGAUAAGACGUGAUGAAUGUUGGAUAUUCUGCCGAAGCCGCGUGGUGGCGCCUGUGUCUCUCUGUAACCACACCACGUGCGGAGGCGUCCUCUUUUUUUGUUUUUUCUAUAAACGAGUAUCUCUUCUAAGAAUAGUGGGUAAGUUCGUAACUUGUAUGGACAUGAUGAUUUUCAUAUAUUAAUUGUGACGAACGUUUGGCGGGAGUGACGACACGAAACAGCCGGCAGUGGCGUGAUGGGUAUAGUGUAGUGGACGCUUGAUACGCCAGCACGUGUUAUUUUAUUGGUGACAACCAUUGUGAGACGCACCAUGACAAUCACUGCCAGUUAAAAUAUGAACUAAGGGAACUGAUAAAGAAAUAUCCCCACACCAAUAUUUUACAAAUUUGAUGUAAGACGUUUUUAUCAUAAAUGGCCAGCGCAGAACUUGACGAGUUGUCGUUUUAGGGUAGCUGUGCCUAUGUAAGUUGCAGGGCGCCGGAACUUGAACAGUGGGGUUGCCUCGGCUGGCGGCUGGUGCUGGUAGCGGUGGGUUCACGCCGACUGGCUGGUUCGGAUAUGCAAGCAGUAGCCGCAACACACUACAGCAGCUAUUACAAAGCUUAAUUACACCAUCGGCUCUAAAAAGCAAGGAAAAAAGAGUAUAUUGCUACCAGCGGUAGCAGUAGCGUUAAUAUCAAAAGCAACACUAUACUGUAACCCAACCGUCUCUUCUACUGUUGGCUUAGCCCUUUUCCGUCUUCUAUCUACUUUACCAUGGCCGAACUUACAGCAAAGGAUCUCGCAGCUAUGGGCAUCCCCAGCAGCCUGCAGGAUGCCACUGCUGUACGACAACUGGACAGUACCACAUAUGCAGCCGAUCUCUCCGUGCUUUACUGCGUGGGUGCAGUCCCUAAUGGCGGAUAUGUUGCUUCCGUGUUUCAGCGUGUAGCAGAGGCCCAUCUCGGCCUGCGCGGCCAUCCAGAUACCCUCAUCGGCCACUGGGAGUUUCUGGGACGCACAAUAGCUGGCCCAGCCGUGCUCAGGGUUCAGGAAAUCAAGACCGGCCGCUCCAUGUCUGUGCUGCACAUCUCACUCUACCAAGCUGGUCUGCUGCCCGAGUUUCCGUGGGUAUCGCCAACCUCCAAGAGCGAAGUAAACGCCUACAUUACCAAUGGCGAUAUAUCCAAAGAACAGGGCAUCUCUCUUCCUACCGGUUGGGUUAUUCCCACUCCGCCGCCAGUACCAGACUUUGCUGCCCUGGGCCAGAAUACAGACCGACAAUGGGCUAGGACCAUUCUGCCCAUCAUGAAGAGGAUACCUUGCAUGCACAAUGUAGAGGUGUACACGCUCCGCACACGACCGGCCGAUUUGGUCAAAGGUGCAAGCGACUACUGGAUUCGUCUUGCCAAUGGAGAUAAGUUUGUCUUGUCGGAUCUCGGAUUUGUCGUGGACUGUCUGGCGCCUGUUAUUGUGGAAUCAUAUCGUCCAACAGAUGCCCGGCAGCCUGCGUCCAACGACACCAUACCCUUUGACAAGCUAUUCUGGUAUCCAACACUAGUCCUCAACUUGGAUAUUAAGAAGAAGAUGGCAGCACAGGGCGAAGAGUGGCUGAGGUUACGUAUUGCAGCCAAGCAGAUUCUCAGUGGCCGAUUCGAUAUUGAGUUCCUCGUGUUUGAUGCCAACGGCGACUAUGUAGCGGGAAGCCAUCAUGUAGCGCUGGCUGUCGGCUCCGAGAAGAAUACGGCAGGACGAGAAAAGCCCAAACAUAAGUUUUAGCGGUCCUCUCUAUAGUAUAAAGCAUAAUUAUAUAAAAUGAGCAUACCCUCUAAAUAUUGAAUAAUUGAAUUUUCAUAGAUUAUCCUUCAAACAGCCCAUCCAUACGCGUUUAAGCGAAUCAAUGGCUACAGUAGCCUGAGCAGCCUUCGGGACAAUCAGCGUCUUUAUUGCAGGUUGUAGUCCUGGACCCCCAACACCAAGGUAAAUCGCUAAGCUUCGGCUUUGAUAGAUGGCGAUUAGGGCAAUAUUGCCAGCACGAAUGGGGAUAGAAAGUUGUUCCACAACGAGGUUUAUAAACGUCGGGUGGGAGAGCGUUACUAGUAUUAUCGACUAGCUCAUCAGCGUAUAUAGCUACAACAAGAGUAAGAGUAGCAAAGGUCGAUAGGGGUUGCAUUUCUCCAGAGUUGUUUUAAAU